GAAGGGCGCAGCCGCAUAUUUUCUGUUGGGUCGGCUGGGCAGAAAAGUGGCGUGAAAACCCCGGGAGAGGAGCCAAACCUUCCCAGAUGUAACAGAAAACAGCCAUACGGCCGCAGCGCUGCGCAUAGAAAACCCGAGCCAGUAGUACGCCUUUUCAUCAGAUGAAAUUAAAGUUGUUUACUCCAGAAACAGCAGUGGGAAAAACACGGUUUAACACGGUUUCUCACUACUAUUCUGAGCCGUUUGAAUCACAACACAUAAGACAAAAAAACCUGUUGAAAGUGGAGAAAUACUGUCGAGAAAUUCACUUUUAAAUUGCAUGAAGGGACAUUUGAAUUCUUUGUGUACCGAUCAUCUGUGAGAGCUGCUUGAAACGACACAGACUGAUAUUUACUGUUCAUUCAGUGUGUCACCCAAACCAGAACGUUUCAGUUCGGGUCAGGAUAAGGUGUUACAUUUGUGAACAUAGAAAGGAAAAAAAAAAGAAACCCUGUUGUAUCCUUUUUCUUUUUUCUCUCAUGCCUGGUGGAAAUCAUCCAGUUGGCUUCAAUGGGGCGUCAAAACAGUCAAAGAUCAAAUUGUAGCAGCCGCCGUUACUUCGGCAUCAGUUGGGAGAUAGCCUAGCUGAGGUCAGCAGUCCGUGACCCCUCCCACCGCGUCCGACACAGCGUCCCCACCCCCACCCCCCCCGUAUUAGCUUUCCCACAGCAAGGCGCCAUGGCAUCGGUGCGCUUCACUGUGACGCCCACCAAGGCGGAGGACCUCCCGGGGCUGUCCGACACGUCGCCCGACUUGAGCACCCGCUCCGGCGCCCGCGUGCGCUUCGGCUCCCGGGAGAGCGUCAAUCGCAGCGACCCGCUCAGCGAGGCUUCGGGGGGGCCCACCACCACGGCCUCGGGACCAGGAGGAGGCGGGGCAGACACGCCGGAGCACAGCAGCACUGACCAAGGUGAUGGUAACUCCAAAAUCUCCAGCGUAUACAUCAACAAUGCUCAUGGGGUGGAUGAUGACGACUUCUACGACAGAAACCUGGCCUUAUUUGAGGAGGAGAUGGACACCCGGCCCAAGGUGUCGUCGCUCCUCAGCCGCCUGGCGAACUACACCAACCUGACGCAGGGAGCCAAGGAGCACGAGGAGGCCGAGAGCAUCGGCGAGAAGAAGAAAGCCAGCAAGUCGCCGCAGAUGGGGACGUUCAUGGGCGUCUACCUGCCGUGCCUGCAGAACAUCUUCGGGGUCAUCCUGUUCCUGCGGUUGACGUGGGUGGUGGGGACCGCCGGCGUGCUGCAGGCCCUGUGCAUCGUCUUCUUGUGCUGCUGCUGUACGAUGCUGACUGCCAUAUCAAUGAGCGCGAUUGCCACUAACGGAGUCGUGCCAGCGGGAGGCUCGUACUUCAUGAUCAGUCGCUCUCUUGGUCCGGAGUUUGGCGGCGCGGUGGGCCUGUGUUUCUACUUGGGAACCACCUUCGCCGGAGCCAUGUACAUCCUCGGGGCCAUCGAGAUCCUUCUGAUGUACAUCGCACCAAAGGCAGCCAUAUUCGUAGAAGGGGCAGCCAUGUUGAACAACAUGCGGGUCUACGGCACCAUCUGUCUCCUCCUGAUGUCCCUGCUGGUCUUUGUCGGCGUCAAGUAUGUGAACAAGCUGGCCUCCAUCUUCCUGGCGUGCGUCAUCGUCUCCAUCGUCUCCAUCUACAUCGGCGCGUUGGUCUCCGCUUUCAAAGAGCCGGAUUUUCCCGUUUGCAUGCUGGGAAACAGAACCAUCAACGGCCACGACUUCGUUGACGGCAAGUGUCAGAAAACCGUCCAGGAGCAGAUCAGCUACACGCCCCAGGGCUUCGACGCAAACAUCACUAUUAUUUAUGAAAACAGCACAGUGGUUCCGACCAUCUUGCCCAGCCACGCCCCCGAAGUGGUGGAGAAGACCACGGAUCUCUGGAAGCAUUUCUGCCAGAGCCAACAACUCAACGCCUCCUGCGACGAUUACUUCGCCUCCAACAACUUCUCGGAGAUUAAAGGGAUCCCCGGCCUGGCCAGCGGGAUCAUCUCAGAGAACUUGUGGAGCUCCUACCUCAGCAAGGGGGACGUGGUGGAGAAAGGCUCGCUCAGCUCCUCCCACAGUUCCCACCCGGCCUCCACUCACCAGCCAUACGUGUUCGCCGACAUCACCACCUCUUUCACACUGCUGGUGGGCAUCUUCUUCCCCUCCGUCACAGGAAUCAUGGCUGGUUCCAACCGAUCGGGGGAUUUGAAGGACGCUCAGCGCUCCAUCCCUAUCGGCACCAUCCUCGCCAUCCUCACUACCUCUAUUGUCUACCUGAGCAGCGUUGUGCUGUUUGGAGCCUGCAUUGAAGGAGUCGUCCUCAGAGACAAAUUCGGAGAUUCGGUAAAGGGAAACCUGGUGGUUGGGACUCUUGCGUGGCCCUCUCCCUGGGUUAUUGUGAUCGGCUCCUUCUUCUCCACGUGCGGCGCCGGCUUGCAGUCGCUGACCGGCGCUCCCCGGCUCCUGCAGGCCAUCGCUAAGGACAACAUCAUCCCCUUCCUCCGGGUGUUCGGCCAUGGGAAAGCUAACGGCGAGCCCACCUGGGCCCUGCUGCUGACGGCUCUGAUAGCUGAGCUGGGGAUUCUCAUCGCCUCCCUGGACUUGGUGGCUCCAAUCCUGACAAUGUUCUUCCUCAUGUGCUAUCUGUUCGUGAACCUGGCCUGUGCCCUCCAGACCCUGCUGAGGACGCCCAACUGGAGGCCGCGCUUCUCCUACUACCACUGGUCCUUGUCAUUUUUGGGGAUGAUCAUCUGCCUGGCGCUCAUGUUUAUAUCCUCCUGGUACUACGCAAUUGUUGCCAUGGUGAUCGCCGGCAUGAUCUACAAGUACAUUGAGUAUCACGGAGCAGAGAAAGAGUGGGGGGAUGGGAUCCGCGGUCUGUCUCUGAGUGCUGCCCGCUAUGCCCUCCUGAGGUUGGAGGAGGGACCGCCGCACACCAAAAACUGGAGGCCGCAGCUGCUCGUGCUGCUGAAACUCGAUGAAGACGCCCAUGUCAAAUCUCCCCGCCUGCUGACGUUCGCCAGCCAGCUGAAGGCGGGAAAGGGUCUCACCAUCGUCGGCACGGUCGUCUCCGGGAACUUUCUGCAGAGUUACGGCGAAGCCCUGGCCGCCGAGCAGACCCUGAAGCACCUGAUGGACCAGGAGCGGGUGAAAGGCUUCUGUCAGUGCAUCGUGGCCCAGAAGCCGCGUGACGGCAUCAGCCACAUGAUCCAGUCCAGCGGCCUGGGAGGCAUGAAGCCCAACACGGUGGUGAUGGGCUGGCCGCACGCCUGGAGGCAGAGCGAGGACCCGCAGUCCUGGAAGACCUUCAUCAACACAGUGCGGGUGACCACAGCAGCCCACCUCGCCCUCCUGGUGCCCAAAAACAUUUCCCUGUUUCCCAGUAACAGCGAACCCUGCACGGAGGGCUACAUCGACGUCUGGUGGAUCGUCCAUGAUGGAGGAAUGCUGAUGCUGCUGCCGUUCCUUCUGCGCCAACACAAAGUGUGGCGUAAAUGUGGGAUGCGGAUCUUCACAGUGGCCCAGAUGGAGGACAACUCCAUCCAGAUGAAGAAGGACCUGGCAACCUUCCUCUAUCACUUACGCAUCGAAGCUGACGUGGAAGUGGUGGAGAUGCAUGACAGCGAUAUCAGCGCGUACACCUACGAAAGGACUCUGAUGAUGGAGCAGCGCUCUCAGAUGCUCAGACAGAUGCGGCUCUCCAAAUCCGACCGGGAGAGAGAGGGAAAUCCUGGUAGAAGCAGCAGUAGGACACAGGCAGGUGGAGCUACAAGGUCUCAGAGGGUGCGCUGGAGUUUUGACGAUGCCCAGUUGGUGAAGGACCGCAACUCCAUGCUGCGUCUGACGAGCAUCGGAUCGGACGACGACGACGACACCGACGGCCCGGAGCAGAACAGGGCGAUCAGCGGCGGCGGAGGAGGCGGCGGCGGCGGCGGCGGCGACGGCAGCACCGAGCACCACCGCCGCGUUCAGAUGACCUGGACCAAAGAGAAGACGGCGCAGUACAGGGCGACGCACUCCGGCUGCUCCACACCCGAGGGCUUCAGAGACAUGCUGAGCAUCAGGCCGGAUCACUCCAACGUCAGACGCAUGCACACGGCAGUCAAACUCAACGAGGUGAUCGUAAACAAGUCCCACGAUGCCCGGCUUGUUCUUCUCAACAUGCCAGGACCGCCCAGGAACACCGAGGGAGACGAGAACUACAUGGAGUUCCUGGAGGUCCUCACCGAGGGGCUGGAGCGCGUCCUCCUGGUCCGGGGCGGCGGCAGCGAGGUCAUCACGAUCUACUCCUGAUCGGACGGCGGGAAGCCAGCGUCGCACUACGAGCGGCGGGUUGCGCAGGUGUGAGCGGAGGCAGAAGGCGGUUCGGGGGCGGGGUUGGCCGGAGCUUUCUGCCCCCCACCCCCCCCCUCGCCUCAUCCCUCUUUAAAAAAAAACAGAGACUGUCACCGGCUGCAGCGUCAGCCAACCCCACCCAUUUCCUUUUCUAUCAUGACAGCAGUUUCCACUCCACAGUUUUCACGAAUGAGCAGAAACAGACUUUUCUUUUCCUUUGUGCGCGUCGUCCUCCUGCGGGAGCCGCGAUCGGGCGGAGCGAGUGUGUCUGAACGGUGGACCAGCGAAUGAGAAACCUGCGUGGAGCGGCCGUUCCUCUGACGAGACUCAGGGCUGAAUGAAUGUAUUUUGGGAGCAGAUGUGAGUCUUGUGAAUGUUUUUUUUUUUUUUUUUCUUCUUUUUUCUUUCUAUUUGAAGACACGUUUAUUUCAGUACAACACAAAGACUGGACAAAAGAAACUGCAGAAUCGAGCUGACUGACGUCAGUAUGCGUUCGUAAUGUCUCUUUACUUGAAAACGUUUAAGGAGGAAGGCGGAGUCUGCUGCAUAUCUUCACCGGCUGCAUCUGUUUCUCUAUCACAGCGGUAAAUAAUCUCACAGACCUCAUUCUGUUUUCUUCACACUGGAGGUGGAGUCGGUUGUUUCCUUUUUCUUGUGCAGAUGUUUCUCACUCUGGUAUGGAAGCCCAUUUCUUCAACAAAAGGUUGACUUGUUAAAUGUUAAGGUUAUGUUAAAAGUCAAACUUGUUAUUGAUCUGAGGAAAACAAAUGCAGAGUUACCACAUGAAAACCCAUAAAUAUGACUAAAAACGAGCUAAAAACUUACUUUAAAAAAGUAAAGAAACCCAGCACAGCAGAUCUGUUUCUCUCUUUGAAUAUAAAGGGAAAUUAAAUAGCUGUUAGUGGCAGAAAUGUUGCUUUAUGACGGAAAAAAGGAGGCAGGACAUAAAUUAUUGAAUGAGAUUUGUAAUAGAUAGCGGUGGCACACUUUGUCCAAUAGGGUAGGAGCUUAAAAAUCUCACAAAAAGAAAUGGUCAUCUUUGACUUAUCCAUAGAGAUGACACAAGGUCAACGCUUAAACUGAUAGAUAUAUUUUUUCUGAAUUUUUUUCAAAAUGUUCCUACAAGUUAAAAAAAAAAAAAAUAAAGAACCUGAUUUUAUAUUUUUAUUUAUUUAUAUACUUUUUGGGGGAAGACAUUAGCUUCUGUACUUUUUGAUGUCAUUAAAAACAAAAGAGAGAAAUGUGCUGCCAUAAUUAAGAUUGAACCAAGUCAUCCGUUCUUGAAAUCCAUGUUUAUCGACUUCAUCGAUGACUGCGUUAAAACCAGUACAGGUUGUUUUUCUGCGUUGGACUGCGUUGCCACCGUCUGGUCAAAGUGUGGAGUUUGACUUGUUCACAGUAUUGUCGUCGCACACUGGACCAUCAGUGGAGGGGACCACUGCACUGCACAUGUGUGACUGUGGGAGUGGACUCUCGUGGCCGUGCUGUCGCUCGCCGCCUCGGCUCCUGCAGGAGAACGUCAGCUGUGCCGCGUGGUGCGAGCUUCUGCCCUGAAAGCCUCCACCUCAUCGUACACCUGACAGAGAUCUGUGUGUGUGUGUGUGUGUGUGUGUGAGUGAGUGAGGGAGUAAUGAGCUCCAGACUAGAGGCGUUCGGUGUUCCUCUAAUGCUUUUUUUUUUUUUACAGUGUUUUUUUUUUUUGUUUUUGUUCAGGGAUUGUUUUUGUGUUCACUGUUAUUUCCUAAACAUUGUUUUCUCGCUUGUACAUAAAGACAGGAAAAAAAAACCCUUGAGUUUUAUCUUUUUUUAAUUACAUUAAUAUAAAAAGGAAUCAUAAAAAAAAAACUUUGCUUGAAAAAAUA